AUGAGUAGGAAAAAUGCUUCGCGAAAGGACAAACGCACUCAGAAAUCAGAAGAAAAACAGACAAAAGAUAGUUCAACAUCACCGGAAGUAGCUGGAUGUGAAGAUUGUUUCUAUAACACUGAAAAGAUGAAUAACGCGAAUGAAGAAAUGUUACAAAAUCAGAACAAGACAGUCAUGUUGGAAAAGAAACUAGUGAAAAGUGAUAAGAGAUUAGAAGAAGCUAAGAAGAAAGAGAAGGAGCUUCUGAAAGACAAAGAGGGAUUGGAUGAUCAGAUUAAGACAAAAGAUGAACAUCUAAAAGUUCUAGAGAGAAGAUGCGCCGCUCAAAAAACCGAGUUGAAAAAGAUGAUACAAUUGAAAAAGGAAAUACAAGAAAUGGAGAAGAAGGAGGCUGAAAAUAGAAAGACAUUGGCAGCGAAAAAAGAUAAUUCCGAGAAUCUUGAACUCAAUUGGAACCGGAAAAGCACUCAAUUGUCUAAUGAAAUAAAGAGUGAAAACAGUCGGAUUAGUGCACUAGAGAACAAUUUGGAACGACUUUUCCUCAAGAGAGAUGCUAUUGAAGAGUUGAAACAAUUGGAGUUGGAACUCGAAAACGAGAGAGAAGAAACGAAGAGACUUGUUGAUGUCAAAAUUGGACUCGCUGAUGGAAAUCAAUUGAUGGAAAAGACAAUUCAAGAACUUAAGAAUAGUAUGCAGAGUGGAUCCUAUCCUCAGUAUGCACCAUUUCAAUCAAAAAAUCCCUCGGAAGUGCCUUCAGUCGUUGUAAGCAAGUCAGACAAGGUACCACAAGAAAGCCGUUUUAGUUCUCAACAAUCGAGCUCUGGCAGUUUGCCAAGAAACCAAAGUGUUCAAGAUGUCUCAGCUCCACGCAGUGCAACUGCAGUUCAAUUGAAAGAAGCAAGGCCACUAGGAGCACCAGAAGAAAUUGAAGACAAACAAUGUCUUAUUUGUUUGGAAGAAAUGUUGAACCUGAAUAAUACGAUGAAGUGUUUUAACUGCAGGCGUCGUUUUCAUUCACAUUGCCUUCGUCGGUGGUUCCAAGAAAAACGAACAUGCCCGACAUGCUACGAACUCUUCUUGGAUGAUGUCGAAUUUCCUGGACUUUAA